ACCGGAUGGUUUUGUUUUUUUAUCUGUUUGCAAAUGUUCAGUGUAAUGGUUUGAAACCCAGCCGUGUAGCUGCCGCCGCCCACACACAGAGCUGCCGUGGCACUGAGCUUCAGCAGGCAAACCAUAUCACCAGCGUCGGCCAUUAAACCCGAGCCCACACCAGGGCAGGCUGCACACCUACCCCCGGUGUCCCUCUGCCACCCCCACCGCCCCGGCACCCCCGACACCCACCACCCUCCACACACACAAUUUUUCUUUUUUUAAAUCUCCAGCAGUCGGUUUUUCUCUAGAGAAGACAUAAAGAGAAGCAGAGGCAGAGAUGGGACGAGCAGAGAGAAUGCUCCUGCCUCAUCGGAGCCACCGGUUUUCGGGAGAGAGCGGCAGCCCCCACCUGCCUGUGGACUGAGCACUUAAAGGUUCUCCAGCAUCGUGGGCCGUCCAGAUGAUGUGGAAUGGAGGUUCCGGAACCCACCUGCCCUGCCCCUCCUCCGAGGGACCAGCCAGCUCCCACUCCUGGCCCUCCAGGGGCCCCAGGUGGCCAGGCCUCACCCCACCUGACCCUGGGCCCCGUCCUUCUGCCGCCAGAGCAGGGCCUGGCCCCCACUGUGUUCCUGAAGGCCCUGCCCAUCCCACUGUACCACACGGUGCCUCCCGGGGGCCUCCAGCCACGCGCCCCGCUAGUGACGGGCAGCCUGGAUGGGGGCAACGUGCCCUUCAUACUUAGCCCUGUGCUGCAGCCUGAAGGGCCUGGCCCCACCCAGGUGGGGAAGCCGGCGGCCCCUACGCUGACGGUGAACAUCGUGGGCACUCUGCCUGUCCUGUCGCCAGGCCUGGGCCCCACGCUGGGCAGCCCAGGCAAGGUGCGGAAUGCUGGCAAGUACCUGUGUCCACACUGUGGUCGCGACUGCCUGAAGCCCAGUGUUCUGGAGAAGCACAUCCGAUCCCACACGGGCGAGAGGCCCUUCCCGUGCGCCACCUGUGGAAUCGCCUUUAAGACCCAGAGCAAUCUCUACAAGCACAGGCGGACGCAGACGCACCUCAACAACUCCCGGCUGUCCUCGGAGUCCGAGGGGGGUGGGGGCGGCCUCCUGGAGGAAGGAGACAAGGCCGGAGAGCCUCCCAGAACAGACGGCAGGGGUGAGAGCCGGAGUCAGGAGAUGCACGAAGGGGCCUCGGAGAGACCCCUUUCUCCAGGUGCCCACGUGCCCCUAGUUGCCAAGAACCUGGAUAUGAAGACCGAAGCUGCUCCCUGUCCAGGGUCCGCAUUUGCCGACAGAGAGGCUCCUUGGGACUCUGCCCCCACAGCCUCACCUGGGCUCCCCGCAGCCAGCACACAGCCCUGGCGCAAGUUGCCGGAGCAGAAGUCCCCGACCAUCGGGAAGCCGUGCGCCCUGCAGCGGCAGCAGGCGACAGCAGCUGAGAAGCCCUGGGAUGCCAAGGCCCCCGAGGGCCGGCUGCGGAAGUGUGAGAGCACCGACUCGGGGUACCUGUCACGCUCAGACAGCGCGGAGCAGCCGCCCGCGCCCUGCAGCCCCCUGCACAGCCUCUCAGAGCACAGCGCCGAGUCCGAGGGGGAGGGCGGCCCGGGCCCGGGACCAGGGGGCGCGGAGGCCGAGCCCGAGGCACGAGGAGCCGGCCUGGAGCUGGAGAAGAAGCGGCUGGAGGAGCGCAUCGCCCGGCUCAUCUCCCACAACCAGGCGGUGGUGGACGAUGCCCAGCUGGACAACGUGCGGCCCCGGAAGACCGGGCUGUCCAAACAGGGCAGCAUCGACCUGCCCACGCCCUAUACCUACAAGGACUCCUUCCACUUUGACAUUCGCGCUCUGGAGCCGGGCCGUAGGAGGGCCCUGGGCCCCGCGCGCUCCACCUGGACGCCCCCAGACAAGUCUCGGCCCCUGUUCUUCCACUCCGUCCCCACUCAGCUCUCCACCACUGUGGAAUGUGUCCCCGUCACCAGGAGCAACUCGCUGCCCUUCGUCGAGGGCUACAGGACAUGGCUGGAGCCUCGGGACCCCUGGCCCAGGACGCAGAAGCCUCUGAGCCCCAGGCCCGGCCCAGCCCGCCUUGGCUGCCGCUCGGGACUGAGCUCGACUGACCUUCCUGGUGGGCAUCCCCGGGCCCUGGUCAGACAGGCCGCGGUGGAGGACCUGCCAGGCAUCCCCACUGGCGAUGCCCCGGUGCCCACAGAGGACACAGAUGUAAAGAGAAUUGCUGCGCGGGAGGCCGUAGCCGGCAAGGGCAGAGCAGGCGGCAGGAAGUGUGGCCAGAGGAGGCUGAAGAUGUUCUCUCAGGAGAAGUGGCAGGUGUACGGGGAUGAGACAUUCAAAAGGAUCUACCAGAAAAUGAAAGCUAGUCCCCAUGGAGGCAAGACAACCAGGGAGGUGGGAGUGGGCAGUGGGACAGAACUGGGCCUUCCUCUGCAGAAAGAGGCAGCAGGGAGCUCAGGCACAGUCCCCACCCAAGACAGGAGGACCCCUGUCCAUGAGGACACAUCCACAGGGGCAACGCCAGGGCCUUGGGGAAAUCAGCCAGCCCCGGAGGCCUCCUUGGUGACUGAGCCCACUAAGCAUGGGGAGACGGUGGCCAGGACAGGAGACAGGAACCGACCCAGGGUGGAAGAGGCUGUGUCAUCCCCUGCACUGGGCGGCAGAGACAGUCCCUGUUCAGGCAGUCGGAGCCCCCUAGUCUCUCCAAAUGAGAGGCUGGAAGUGGGGUGGCAGCUGACCCCAGCACCUGGCCCACUCAAAGGGGGUGACCUAGAGGCCCCCAGGCCAGUUUUGCCAGACCCCAAGCUGGAAGGAGGCGCCCGAGGUGUGGGGGAUGUUCAGGAGACCUGCCCGUGGGCCCAGACUGUCCUGAGAUGGCCCAGCAGUGGCUCUGGGGAAGAUAAGCUCCCCUCGGAGAGGAAGAAGCUGAAAGUGGAGGACCUGCACAGCUGGGAGCAACCAGAGCCUGUGGGCGCAGAGACCCCGGGUAGGCCCGUGCAGGCUGCCUCUUUGUCAUCCCAGAAGCAGGACGCCGAUCCCGGGGAGGUGCCAGGGGGAUCGAAGGAGAGUGCCAGGCAGGGGGGCGAGCUUCUGGAGUCCUCUGGAGCCUCCUUGGCUGCUGAUUCUGUUGCCCUGAAGAGGGUGGGGCCAAGGGACAAGGCUCCCCCACUGCAUCCUGCAGUCCCAGCCCCUGGGGAGCACCCCCCACUGGCCACCCCACCUCAGGCUCCCAGAGUCCUCUCUGCCCUGGCAGACAAUGCCUUUUCCCCGAAGUACCUCCUCAGGUUACCUCAGGCAGAGACCCCUUCACCACUGCCCAUUCCCCGGGGACCCAGGCACAGCCAGGACUCUCUCUGCAGCAGUGGGCGGCCUGAGGAACAGGCAUCAUUUGUUGGGUCAGGACUGGGGACCCCUCUUUCUCCCAGCCUAGCCUCAGGCCCCUCCCCAGGUGAGGCGGACAGCAUCCUGGAGGACCUCAGCUCUUCCAGGCCACGGGAUGGGAGAAAAGGGGCACAGUUGAGGGGGGACAAGGGGGACAGGAUGGCCACUAGCAGGCCAGCAGCCAGAGAGUCACCUAUCUCAGCACCCGGGGCUCCCAGGGAGGCCACCUCCUCCCCGCCCACUCCAAUGUGUGAGGCACACUUAGUUCAGGACAUGGAGGGUGACAGCCACCGUAUCCAUCGCCUCUGCAUGGGCAGCACUUUGGCAAGGGCCAGGCCCUCUGGGGAUGUCCCAAAUCCCUGGGUACCCAACUGGGAGCUGGGGGAGCCUCCUGAGAAUGCCCCAGAAGAUCCUUCUUCAGGGCCCCUGGUGGGCCCUGACCCGUGUUCCCGCCUCCAGCCUGGCUCCUUCCUCACUGCCCUCACUCGGCCUCAGGGUGUGUCCCCAGGCUGGCCAGAGCUGGCCCUGUCUUCCUACUCAGGGACGUCCGGGAGCCACAGCCCCCACAGCCCCCACAGCCCCCACAACCCCUUUCCCUCCUUGAAGGCUGAGCCGAGGCUAACGUGGUGUUGCCUGAGCCGCAGCGUCCCUCUGCCCGCGGAGCAGAAGGCAAGGGCGGCGUCUGUGUACUUGGCGGCGCACUUUCCCAGUAGCAGCCUCCGAGAUGAGGGUCCCAGUGGCCCUCCUGGGAGCAGUGGAGGAUGGACCUGGACAAGCCCUGGAGAGGGAGGGCUGGCGCAGAUGUCCAAGUUCUCCUACCCAACAGUCCCAGGGGUGAUGUCCCAGCACCAGGUGUCUGAGCCAGAAUGGAAGAAAGGCCUGCCUCGGAGGGCAAAGAUGUCUCAUGGGAACAGCAAGCAGAGAAAACUGAGGCUCAACCCUAAAAGGUACAAAAGGAAUUUCUUGCAGAGCUGUGUUCAGCUGAGAGCCAGUAGACUUCGCACACCAACCUGGGUGCGAAGAAGAAGCCGCCACCCUCCCCCACUCGAGGGAGUGAAGCCAUGCAGGACACCUGGACAGGCCUCUUCAGAAAUAGCAGGUCUGAAUCUGCAAGAGGAGCCAUCUCUUACCACCACAGAAUCACCUCCUUGUUGUGGGAAGGAAGAGAAGAAGGAAGGUGACUGCAGACAAACCUCAGGAACCCUCUCUCUUGGUACAAGUUCAAGGACUGUCAGGGAAAUGGACAAACGAACUGUGAAGGAUAUUUCUCCAUCUGCCGGUGAGCACAGUGACUGUACUGCUCACAGCACUGCUGCCACAUCAGGAUUCUCUCUGCAAUCUGACACCUACCCGGCAGUGGUUAAUGACGCUCCUCUACCCCCUGGCAAAAGUCUUGACCUUGGGUUGCUGGAGACUCAGCUGCCGGCCUCCCAGGAUCCAGUCUCAACAGAUCCCAAACCAUGCAUUUUCUCAGAUGCUCAAGGGCCUUCUUCCUUUGGGUCCAAAGGAACUUUUCCCCGCCACGACAUUGCUACCUCUGUGGCUGCCAUUUGUAUAUCUCUGCCAGCGAGAACAGAUCACGUAGCCCAGGAAAUUCACAGUGCUGAACCACAAGACCACAGCCAGACUGCAGGGAGGACUCUGAUACCAAGCUCCCCGGACAGCAAAGCCACAGGAGAGGGCAGAGCACAGACCCUCUUGCCAGGGAGACCUUCAUCUGGACAGAGAAUUUCAGAUUCAGUUCCAUUGGGGUCAACUGAAAAAACUCAUCUUGAAAUACCAGCUUCAAGACCAAGUUCAGCUAGUUCACACCAAAAGGAAGGGAGACACAAGACAUUUUUUCCCUCCAGAGGCCAGUAUGGGUGUGGGGAAAUGGCCGUCCCCUGCCCCUCUUUAGGAAGUGACGGUAGGAAAUGUCAGGUAUCUGAAUUAAUCACUCGGAAGGAUUCUGUGGUUCCUUCUAAGCCAGAGCAACCCAUAGAAAUUCCUGAAGCCCCUUCUAAAUCCCUCAAGAAGAGGAGUCUGGAAGGAAUGAGAAAGCAAACUCGAGUGGAGUUCAGUGAUACCAGCAGCGACGAUGAAGACCGAUUGGUUAUAGAAAUAUGAAGCUUCCAGAGAAAGAUGGUAUCUUUGGUCAAAGACUGUUGACGCUUCACAGGUAAAUGUUGUCAGACUGGCGGAAGAACUCAACUCUAUCUGUGAAACACCUACAGAUUAGGAAAGCCAUUUUGAGUUAUUUACAAGCCAACUCCAACCAACUCCUGACCCCCAACUCAGCCACAGUGUUCCCCAACUCCCCUUGGGAGUGCUCUGCUUAUGUUCACAUGGUGCCAGGCAGGGCAGACAUGGCAAGGAAGCAAACUCCGGAAAUGGUCAACGUGCACAGUGACUGGGCCUUGACUCCCAGCCUCCUCUUCUGCACCUGUCCCCCACUGCCUCUCUGCAAUCAAAUGGCACUAACCAAGAAAGCCACAAUCAACACGUUUCUUCACAAGUGGGUCCCACACAGUCGAGGCAACUGGCUUUCUCCGUUAGUAAACUGAGGGUUUGCUUCCAAGGUAGAGAGCAUACUUGGGAUAAUUGGAGUAGCUUGACAAAGAGACAGGGUGUGAACUGGGCACAAAGAUACUUCUGUUCAUUUUGGAGACAAAAUUCGGAUACAUUAAAAAACUGAAGCUUGUUCAGAGUAUUCACGUCCUUAGUGGAGUUGUAAAUACACUUCAAAAUGGCUAUGAUCCGGUGAAAUGCUGAUUACUUUUCAAUGUUGCACAAAUGGUCAAUGCUUAUUUAUGGUCAGAUGACGCAAGUACAUACUCUUGUGCCUGAUGCCUUUGCUGUGGAGAUCUCCGAGACCGUUGGUUUUUCUAGUUUUUGCAAAGGAACAUUGUGUUAAAAGUUAAUAGAACUGUCUCUCUGUAAUGAGUCAUUUUUAAGAGGGAAAAAUUCACUUAUUUUCCUCUGAUUCUUUUUGUCAUAUUGUGCUCUGAGCAGUUUCAAUUAGAGGGUUACAUUUUAGUAAUCUGUACAGCUUAAACUGAUGCCUGCUCAUCGUGACGGGAGCCUUUUAGAUUUCCUUCAGAAGCUUCAAGGAUACAAAACUAAUUGGAGUUUUGACGCUGUUUUACAUCUCAGUAAUUUUAUUUUCGGGGCUUAGUGUUACUUUGCUGUCAAAUUAAAUCAGCCUCUGUAUUGUGCACGUCAGAACUGCACAGAUAAAAUUCUCCAGUAUUCCAAGCCAGUGCGCCCCUGUGCAGAAGAAAACAGCAGGUCUACAUCAACCAGCCCAGUGAGCAAAGCCUCAGACCCACUGCCUUCCUCUCCCCAUCCUUCCAUGGGAGAGGAGAAACUUAAAGAGGUUUACAUUGCUGUGUUUCAAUAAAAUUUUAUACUUGCUUUUGGUAUGAUUUUGUACAAUUUGAAAUUUAUAGCUGAGCUCUUUUGGUUUAACUUUGAUGUAAUGAUGUUCAUGUGACAUCUUGUACUUCAAAGACACGGCAAUGCAGAGCAUCUCACACAUACGAAUACACUUUAGUCAGUCUGUGCCUGUGACUAAGUAUGGUCAAAUUUCAAGUAUCUUCAUGUGAAUUUUCCAAUUUUGGUGUUAUUCAUAGAAAACUUCAAUGCCAGACCAGCUUCCCUGGUUACUUAGUAUAUAUUUGUGACCAUUUCAUAUGCACUCAUAAAUGUCCAAGGAUUUCAGACCCAGCCAAGAAAAACAUAAGAAGGGAGGUAAAAAGGAUGUUGGACAUUCACUUAGUGUACUUUUUAAACCCAACAAAAGCGAUGUGGUGAUUAUCUCCCUUUUUGAAUGAUUCAUGCCACUAUAAUGAGAGAGGCAGUGUAGGCACAUGGUCUGAGCCUUGGAUGGAGAUUGAAGUCCUGACUUUAGCUGGGAAAUCUUGGUUAAGAGUCUCUCUGUACCUCAGUUUCCCUAAGUGAGAAUAAGAGAGUUGGACAAGAUGAAUGUAUCUCCAGGUUCCAAUUUUUCUGAGAAUGGUUGAUAGAGAAGCUGCUCUCUCCUUAAAAUGCGUGGACUCAAUGGCUUGAAGAUAUUCCCCAUGGGGAACCGUUGCCACGGGGGCCUUGCAUGCAAGAAGUUUGGGUGGGGACAGUGAGGAACUGAAAUGCAAACACCUUCCACCAAUUAUUGCUGUGAAGAACCUGAACCUGAAGAAGCUCCAUCUAAUUUUUUCCCCAGAGUUCCAGAUUUUAGGGUGCAAUCAUCCAGCCUAUAAAUGUGA